AUGGGUGUUGAUAAGAAGAUCAAGAAGUUCUUAAGAGACGCCAUACGAGUGGCUCCUAAGAUUUCCAAUAAAGGUGAAUUGUUUGAACUACGAAAUGGAUUAGUAUCUCAGUACCCACAGACCCGAAAGGACGCGAUCCGUAAGAUUAUUCAACAGAUGACUUCCGGCAAAGAUGUUUCAUCUUUGUUUCCCGACGUUUUGAAGAAUAUAGCCACUCAAGACAUUGAACAGAAGAAAUUGGUAUACCUUUACGUGGCUAAUUAUGCAGAAACUCAUCCGGAGUUAUGCAUCCUUGUCGUGAACACAUUCGUCAGCGAUGCAGCUGAUCCGAACCCAUUGAUUAGGUCUAUGGCAAUCCGUACCAUGUCGAUGAUCAGAGUUGAUAAGAUCUUGGAAUACAUUGAGAUUCCGCUAAGAAAGACUCUAGUCGAUGAUAAUCCGUACGUGAGAAGAACCGCGGUACUAUGCGUUGCAAAAUUGUUCCAAUUGAACCCGGACCUAUGCCGUGAAUUGGGCGUAUUGAACGAUUUGCAAGACGCUUUGUCUGACGAUAAUCCAAUGGUUGUUGCCAACGCGCUUGCCGCACUGCACGAAAUUAACGAAUUGGACCCUGGUUCAAUAGAUAUCAAGAAAUUAGUAUCUCAAAACGUUAAGAGGUUUUUGAACGUGUUGAACGAAUGUACAGAAUGGGCAAGAAUCACUAUUUUGGAGUCAUUGAGCGAACACAAACCAAUUGACCCUAUGGAGUCUCAAGAAAUUAUCGAUAGAGUUGUUCCACAUUUGCAACACGUAAAUCCAUCAGUGGUCUUGAUCAGUGUUAAAUGUAUACUCAUACAUCUACCAAAUUUGAACACAGUCCAUGACUCUAUAUACAACAAGUUAUCAACUGCAUUGGUCUCACUAAUGUCGACCCCAGUGGAGAUCCAAUAUGUUGCUUUGAGAAAUAUAAGAAUUAUUUUGGAUGCCUUCCCAAACUUGUUAAGGAAAGAGUUAAGAAUAUUCUAUGUCAAAUUUAAUGAUCCAUUGUACGUGAAGAUAGAGAAAUUAGACAUCUUGCUCAGAUUAGUGCCCGUGGAUAAUUUGAAACAUUGCCAGAUGCUUUUCAACGAAUUAAAAGAAUAUGCAAAGGACUUUGAUCAUGAAUUCGUGACCAAAGCUAUCCAAUCCAUCUCACAAUUGGCCAUUAAAGUCUCGAACGGAGGUGAAGAUACGAAUAACAAGUUUUUGAAUAUGGUCAUGGAAGAAUUCGUUUCGAUUGUCCAGGAGAGAGAAGAGUUUAGGGAUAUAUUGAUGAGAUGCGUAUGCGACAUGUUACGUUAUGACAGUGACAACAAUCUUAUCAAGGAAACAAGUAAGAAUGAGUUGGGUGCCAUAAUUUCCUCAUGGCAAGAUAUCGAUACCAUAUUUACAUCUGAUCUAGGCAGUUGUAACUACAUCUGGUUUAUCACCAACUAUACAAACGAAAAUUUGGAAACUAAGCUUGAACCACUGGUAGAAGUUUUCGAUGAAUUAGGAUCCCUAACUCAAAUGUCCCUUCUAAUGGGUGUAGUGAAAUGCCAUAAUGCAGUCUCAAGUGCUUUCUUACAGAAGAUCUUGGAACUUUGUACGACAGACGUCCACGAUUUGGACGUUAGAGACAUGGCCAUGAUGUACUGGCGGUGUCUAUCGAUCGACAACGGUGAUCAAAUCAUCAACCAAUUAUUUGACAAGCAUGAAAUUCCUAAAUUGCAUUCUACCUUGGACCACUUCUCCAAGGAAACAUUACAAAGUCUACUUCAAGAGCUCUCCACUCUAUCCUCUGUGUAUUUCAAACCAAUCUCGCAGAUGCAACGCCGUCCCAACGAAGUUCACAUCAUUAAGGAUAAGGAUAUUGAUGAAUUAAAGGGAAUGGCCACGAACGAGAUCCUGAAAAACAUGAACGAUGAUGUACUACUUGACAUGGGUGAUAGCUCUGCCACGAGAAGUACAGGCGUCCUGGACGAACUAAAUGAUCUUUUCGAUAUCACUGGUGAUAUGGGGAAAGUAAACAUUUCACAGAAAACCAAUAAUAACAACAACAACACCUCGAAUUCCCAUGCAACCGAUCUUCUAGACUUAAUGUAA